AUGGAGAAUCGCGAGCUUGCUGAUACUGCUUAUAAAUCAAGAAAAAACUAUAAGCAUAACAAAAUAAAAAAAGCCAAAAUUGCUGGAAAAGCUCAUAAAAACCAUAAGGGGAGAGAUGUGGCACCAAGAAAAACAGGAGCUUAUUGCAGGAUUUACACUCCAGCCGAGUAUGAAAAUCUUAUAGUUGAAGUUAAUGAAAAAUUUGAAAUACAAAGGCCGAAAACUAAAGAUAUUAUAGACAUAAAAAAAUGGUGGCCGAAACAUUAUAAGAAAGUGGUGCUGUCUGUGGAUUCCUAUGGAAAAGGAGUACCCAGGGACCAAAAAACAACCUUUGCUAUUUCCAAAUGGUCACAUUUCACUUUUUCUAAGUCCACACCAGGUCUUGUAACAACACGUGGUUCCAUAGAUUGUUUUAUCAGUAAUGAUUUCCAGCUCUUACAGAGGAUGGGUACCAGGCCACCCUUACCAACAAGUGAUACUCCUGCAUAUGCUGGUAAAGUGCUAAUUAAUGAAAAGAAAAUGACAAAUUUGAACAAAUUAGCAAAAUAUAUUCCAGCAGAGUACCAAGAUUUAUAUACAGAGGUUUUUGCAUGGCCAACAACAAGAAAAUAA